AUGACCGCGCCCUGCCCGGAGGACCCCUCGCUGGAGAGGCAUUUUAAGGGCCAUCGAGAUGCAGUCACCUCUGUGGACUUCAGUCUCAACACAAAGCAGCUGGCCAGUGGCUCCAUGGACUCGUGCCUUAUGGUGUGGCACAUGAAGCCCCAGUCACGUGCCUACCGGUUUGCUGGCCACAAGGACGCCGUAACCUGUGUGAACUUUUCCCCUUCGGGACACCUGCUUGCUUCUGGCUCCCGUGACAAGACUGUCCGCAUAUGGGUACCCAACGUCAAAGGCGAGUCAACUGUGUUUCGUGCACACACAGCCACAGUGAGGAGUGUCCAUUUCUGCAGCGAUGGCCAGUCCUUCGUGACAGCCUCCGACGACAAGACAGUCAAGGUGUGGUCAACUCAUCGCCAGAAAUUCCUGUUCUCCUUGAGCCAGCAUAUCAACUGGGUCCGCUGUGCCAAGUUCUCCCCGGAUGGGCGGCUCAUCAUAUCCGCCAGUGAUGACAAAACUGUCAAACUGUGGGACAAGACCAGCCGGGAGUGUAUCCACUCGUACAGUGAGCAUGGCGGCUUUGUCACCUACGUGGACUUCCACCCCAGUGGUACGUGCAUCGCUGCUGCCGGCAUGGACAACACAGUGAAGGUGUGGGAUGUGCGGACUCACCGGUUAUUACAGCACUAUCAGUUGCACAGCGCAGCGGUGAACGCCCUCUCCUUCCACCCGUCGGGGAACUACCUGGUCACAGCCUCCAGCGACUCAACCCUGAAGAUCCUGGACCUCAUGGAGGGCCGGCUGCUCUACACACUCCACGGCCAUCAGGGUCCAGCCACCACGGUUGCCUUUUCAAGAAUGGGGGAGUAUUUUGCUUCUGGCGGUUCGGAUGAGCAAGUGAUGGUUUGGAAGAGUAACUUUGACGUCGUCGAUUAUGGAGAAGUGCUAAGAGUGCAGAGGCCCCCGGCCGCGCGGGUCAGCUCCUCUGGGACUCUGCCAGAAGUGGACCCCCUCGUCCCGCCCGGCAGGGGCAGGAGUCAGGAGUCGAUGCAGAGCCAAUCCCAGGAGCCCGUGAGCAUGCCCCAGUCGCUGACCAGCACACUGGAGCACAUCGUGGGCCAGUUGGACGUCCUCACCCAGACAGUCUCCAUCUUGGAGCAGCGGCUGACACUGACAGAAGACAAGCUGAAGCAGUGUCUGGAGAACCAGCAGCUAAUCAUGCAGAGAACAACACCGUGA